UAGCCACCACGCAUCACGUAAGGGCCUCUCAUAUGAACAUGUGGAGGACAUCACUCUCCAGCAAAACCAAAACUUGAAAGCUCAGGCAACUCAAAGCAAAAUUCAGUCUUUAGUCUCAACAUUAACAAAAGAUUAAAAUGAAAUCCCUGCUUCAGAGCUUGAUCGGUUGAUCCCCAAAACCAUCAAUAUAUAAAAGAAAAACUUUGGUUAUGGCUUUGUAUUUCAUGGCUACUUCACUUAAUCCAAAACCCUGUUCAAAUUCUAAUGUUAUUGUUGUUUCUCCAUUGCUUUACUCAAAAUCCAAACACCCUUUCAAGCUCAUCUCUUCUUCUUCUUCUUCUUGCGGUAAAACUUUUGCUCAAUCUGAAGGAAAAGAAGGGGGAGUUAAAGAGGAAGACCCUCCUGCUUUCUCUGGUUCAUUGUCUUCCACACGCACGCAGCUCGAUCUUUUGGACCAGCUAAGUUCAACGAGCUCCACUGCCGACGGGUAUGAGAGUGAUGGUAGGUCUGGGAAACUCACUAUUCGUGAGCAGCUCGUGCGGUUAGUCGGUGAUAGAGACGAUGACUUUACUAUUCCAUUGGGUAAAAACUUGAAGAAGGUUAGUCCAAAGUUUUUAACCAUCUCACAGAAGAGAAAUAUCAGGAGACAGGCAUAUUUGAAUGAAGUUUCUCAGAGAAACGAUUCGGUUUUCUUUGCAACGAUCGGAGCAUUCGUACUUGUUCCGCCGCUUAUAAUAUUAGGGAUUGCUAUAUUAACAGGUUAUGUCCAGCUAUUUCCUUGAUAUACAUACACAUUCUCAAAGUAAAUAGAAAUAUCGAGGUUAGACCGACCCGAACUUAUGUUCAGCUUGUUGUUGCCGUUUCUUUUCGUUUUCGUUAUUGCAUGAUCGGUUUACUCCCGAAAUUGAGUCCUGCUUCUUGGUUCCGUUGUUAAGAGCUUAUUCACAAUUUGUAGUUAUUCCUACAUGGAUGAGUAUGACAUGAAACGAGCAUCUCAUUUAACACAUCCAUAGUUCUCCUAGGCUUAGAAUCAUAUAUGCUUGCAAAUUCUUUGAAACGGAGAGGGAUUACGGGAACAUCGACCGAAGUAGGAAUGCUUGCAGAUGAAACAGAGGGGGAUUACUGGAACAUCGACAUGUUAAUAACUUAAGUGAAGAUAGGCUGUCUCAACGGUAUAUACGAAGAUGCCGGAAUCUUUUGCUGCUAAUACAAGUUCAUGUUGCAUAUAUUCAAUUCUAUGACGGUAUAUACGAAGAUGCCGGAAUCUUUUGCUGCUAAUACAAGUUCAUGUUGCAUAUAUUCAA